GUGAGGGUGAAUCAUGCAAUUGGACGCAAACCCACCGAACUAAAUUCCAGUCUUCUAUUCUAUUCCCCUAAUCUCUUUCUCUGAUCAAAUUCUCUUUCAAGCAUUCCAUGUUUCUGCAAAUUUACGAAUCGAUCUCAUGUUGCUUUGAUCUGAUCUAAGCCCAGACUUAUAGAUAUAGUGGAUUUCUUUCGAUGUUAUUCAGAGUGGGAGAUCGGCCGGCGUUCUUCUUCGAAACGAGACACAGUAGCUUAGGAUAUCCUUUGAAUUUAGGGUUUUGGCUACGAGUGGAGUUGGCUCUCUGCUGUCUGUAGUCGCAGAGGGCCUUGAAUCAUGUUGUCCAAUCAUUUUCAGAACGGUAUCGAGACGGCAAGGCUGGUCUGGUCUCGAUUGCCGAGUUCGGAGGAAGCUGAAGUUCAUGAUGGAGCUCAAUUCACAAGUACGAGUUGUGGCAAUGUCGUCGAGAGCCUCGACUAUGAAGUCAUUGAGAAUUACGCCUACAGGGAAGAACAGGCUCUGAGAGGUAAGCUGUUUGUUGGAUUUUACGUGGCUCUGAAAUGGUUCCUUGCGUUGCUGAUCGGUAUAGGAACUGGAUUUGCUGCCGUUUUUAUUAACAUUGCUGUUGAGAACUUUGCUGGGUGGAAGUUUUCAGCAACUUUUUCCAUAAUACAAACUUCAUACUUGGCGGGAUUUGUGGUGUACAUACUAUUCAACUUGGUUUUAGUCUUUUCAUCUGUAUUCAUCAUCACACAAUUUGCACCAGCAGCAGCGGGAUCUGGUAUUCCUGAAAUUAAGGGGUAUUUGAACGGAGUUGAUGCUCAUGGUAUCCUUCUUUUCAGAACAUUGAUUGGGAAGAUACUUGGUAGCAUUGGUUCAGUGGGAGGUGGUCUUGCUCUUGGCAAAGAAGGGCCUCUUGUACACACGGGUGCUUGUAUUGCAUCUCUGCUAGGACAAGGUGGAUCUACGAAAUAUCAUCUGAGGUCAAGGUGGCUACAAGUGUUCCAGAGUGAUCGUGAUCGCCGUGAUUUUGUAACCUGUGGAUGUGCAGCUGGAGUUGCUGCUGCAUUUAGAGCUCCAGUUGGUGGUGUGUUAUUUGCACUUGAAGAGGUUACAUCUUGGUGGAGGAGUCAACUUAUGUGGCGUGUCUUUUUCACAUCUGCUGUUGUGGCUGUUGUUGUUCGUACUGCAAUGGCCUGGUGUGGAAGUGGAAAGUGUGGGCAUUUUGGCUCUGGUGGUUUCAUAAUUUGGGACAUAUCUGGCGGUCAAGAGGAUUACUCGUUUGAGGAAUUACUGCCUAUGGCUUUCAUUGGGGUCAUUGGAGGUCUUCUUGGUGCCUUAUUUAAUCAGCUUACUCUUUAUAUAACUCGUUGGCGUCGUCAAUAUUUACACAAGAAAGGGAAUAGAGUCAAGAUUAUUGAAGUUUGUAUUAUCUCUCUGAUGACAUCAGCAAUUUCCUUUGGAUUACCACUUUUAAGAAAAUGCAGCCCAUGCCCAGAGACAGAAGCUAAUUCUGGUAUAGAAUGCCCACGCCCGCCAGGAAUGUAUGGAAAUUAUGUGAGGUUUUACUGUGCCAAGGACAAUGAAUACAACGAUUUGGCAACUAUUUUUUUCAACACUCAGGAUGAUGCCAUACGCAAUUUAUUUAGUGCAAAAACAUUUCAUGAGUAUAGUGCUCAAAGCCUUAUUACCUUCUUGGUAAUGUUUUAUACCUUGGCUGUGGUGACGUUUGGUACUGCUGUUCCUGCUGGUCAGUUCGUUCCAGGAAUAAUGAUAGGAUCAACAUAUGGGCGGCUUGUUGGCAUGUUUGUGGUUAAUUUCUACAAGAAGCUCAACAUUGACGAGGGAACGUAUGCUUUGCUUGGUGCUGCUUCUUUCCUUGGAGGUUCAAUGCGAAUGACAGUAUCCCUUUGUGUCAUUAUGGUUGAGAUCACAAAUAACUUGAAACUCUUGCCGCUUAUAAUGCUUGUUCUUCUUAUAUCAAAGGCUGUUGGUGAUGCUUUCAAUGAAGGUUUGUACGAAGUGCAGGCCCAGCUGAGGGGCAUUCCAUUACUUGAAUCAAGACCUAAAUAUCAUAUGCGGAAUAUGACAGCAAAGGAAGCGUGCAGGAAUCAAAAGGUUGUGUACUUCCCUCGUGUUGUCAAAGUAUCUGAUGUAGUUUCUGUCUUGCGGAGCAGCAAGCACAAUGGCUUCCCUGUGGUAGAUCACCAAGGGAAUGGGGAGUCACUUGUUAUUGGCCUCAUACUUCGUAGUCAUUUGUUGGUACUUCUACAGUCUAAAGUUGAUUUCCAGCAUAGCCCUUUGCCUUGUGAUAUAAGAGGUGGAUCCAUACCAAUCAGGCACAACUUCAGUGAAUUUGUGAAACCUGUCUCCAGUAAAGGACUGUCCAUAGAUAAGAUUUAUUUAAGUCCAGAUGACUUGGAAAUGUACAUAGAUCUUGCACCUUUUCUGAACCCCUCUCCAUACAUUGUCCCUGAAGAUAUGUCUUUGACAAAGGUGUAUAAUCUUUUCCGCCAACUAGGAUUGAGACAUAUAUUUGUUGUUCCUCGUCCCUCUCGUGUUAUUGGCCUGAUUACUAGGAAAGAUUUAUUAGUUGAGGAAAAUGUGGAUCCGGCCACUGUGGAGCUCCAAUCGACUAGUGUAAGACCUCAUCGGCGUGAUAGAAGAGUGCUUGGGAGUGAUUCAGAGUCGGAGCAUCCACUUCUUAAUGGUCUUUUGGUCCAAGAAUGAAGAUUGGAUAAGCCAAUGU